CUUUGAGUCACAUAACAUCUUAAAUAGUAUUAUUUAUCCUUGUUUUAUGACGACUGGUAUUAGUGGAAUUAAGGCAGCUUCAACAUGGACUCAACGGCAAAAAUAUUGGAGGAAAACUUAGAGAAGAUUUUGAAGGGUGAGGGACUUGAGUUGGGAGAGUUUGAUUUAGCCCCGGAAGUGAACCCUGUCACACUGAGGAAAAACGUCUGUUACAUUGUCAGCGCAGUGAUCUUCAACUCAAAGGAGGAGGUGUUACUUGUUCAGGAGGCAAAGAGAGAUUGUUAUGGCAGAUGGUACCUCCCUGCAGGUCGUAUGGAAGAGCGUGAAAGCAUUGUAGAGGCACUGCAGAGGGAGGUCAAAGAGGAGGCAGGAAUAGACUGCCAGCCAAUCACACUGCUGCUGGUUCAAGAACAAGGGCCACAGUGGGUUCGCUUCACCUUCCUCGCUGAGGAAACAGGGGGCUCUCUGAAGACAACGGCAGAGGCGGAUGCUGAAUCCCUGCAAGCUCAGUGGUGGGAUCGUGAGUCUCCACUUCCUCUUCGUGCACGUGACAUACUGCCCCUCAUUGAUGCUGGAAUAAAAUAUCGCCAAAAUCCCUGGUUUCCUGCAUUACAACCUGUUGACUUCCCUUGUCACGUUAUUUGCCAAAGACUUUUCAUCACAUUCGUCUCCAGCAGUGGUAGCACUGACACCAGUGAUGAGGACCGCCUGUGGCUUCUGCUGAGCAAUAAUAAUGCCAGUUCUCAUCCCAGUCUUCCUAUUGAAGUAUCAGUUAACACAUACAUCUCGUGGGCUGCGCACAGACUGAUUAAGGAGUGCAUAUCUUCGUCUUUUGCGUUCAUAAACAUUAUUAUAUGUGGCAUUCUGGGAGUGCAGCACAAUGGGAGAACACCAGGGAAAACAGACGGCAUCUGCUUCAACACGCUUGUGUUAAUGGAAAAUUCAGAGGGCGGGCCUGAAAUCAGCAGCCCACCACCAUUGGAGAGUGACAGUUACAGAUGGCAUGAAGUGACCAAUCAGAGCCUCAGGGCAAAGAUAAAACAGAGGAUUAAAGAUGGGUCUGUUCUGCCUGUUCAAAGUCAAUACUGAUGCUCUGCCACUCUAGUAGAGGAUCA